CUCGUCAAACGCGAGAAAUCUAUAAUAUGCAUGUUCAAAAACCUCUAUAUACAUCUGGUUGAUCGACAAACAAAUUAUUAAGCUUUCACAGAUUUCUUGUUUGAAAAAGGAAAAGAAAAACUUCUUGGUUUUACUUAAAAUGGAGCAAAAUCAACAGCCAAAAUGGGAAGCAAAAUUCACAAAAAGAUUAACAAAAGCCAAAGCAGAGCAAAUAUGGCCUUUAUUCACAGACUUCUUCAACCUAAACAGAUGGUUUCCCAGCAUACCAACUUGCUACGGCAUCCACGGCACUAAUGGGGAACUGGGUUGCAUACGCUACUGCGGUGGCUUCUCAAUCCCAUCAGACCCCACCGAACAACACCAGAACGACAGCAAUCUCCCUGUUGUUAGCUGGUCCAAGGAGAAACUGAUCGCCAUUGAACACGCUGAACGGUGUCUCAGUUAUGAGAUUAUCGACAGCAACAUCGGGUACAAGUCAUAUGUUGCGGUGGUCAAGAUUGUUCCCGCAAAAGAAGAGGAGGGCGGCGGCUGUGUGAUUGAAUGGUCAUUUACGGUUAAUCCUGUAGAAGGGUGCGUGUUCGAUGAUAUUGUGAGUACGUGGGAUAUGGCUAUACAGAUUGUAGCAGACAGGAUGGAGGACGAAGCUAAAAAGGUUUCAGAACAACAACCACUUUCCCAUGAAAAUUCAAAACCUGUAGGGGACGGCAAGGCCAUGGUGGAGCCAAAAGUCCCAACACCAGACCCAAUCAUCUUCUGAAGAAUGAAGAAGCUGUUAUCUUUGCCUCUGCCUGAAUAAAAUCACUGUCGUUACUACUUGCUUCUCAAGCACCAUUUGCUUGGCAUGUUAUUGUAUUUUACAUUCUCUUGGCUUAGAAAUUUAUGUUAUUCAUAUAAUUUAUGUAUUUUCGAAUAUUAAAGCUUACUGAUAUAAUUCAUUUCCAGGAUAAUUUCUCAUA